AUGGCUAGCAGCCUGGAACAACUACCAGCGGAAUUGUUGGACCGAAUCCUCUGCCACGUAGACAUCGAGCUGCCUGAAAAGGGCGUUUACUUCGAGCGCGAACGGCCUCGUCUGCAAGAGACUCGAAGAUUAUCACUCGUCAGUAAAACUUUCCAGAAAGCGACUGGACCUCUCUUGUACAGAACGGUCGAUUUCCUCCAUGGAAAUCAUGCACGACGACUCUUGCGCACUUUGUCUACAAAACCUUACCUGGCACGAUAUAUCAAGGAGGCCCCCUUUCAAGGUCAUGUCUGUGAGACCGAGGGCCCACCGUCCGAGAGAGAACUUACUGCCUACUCGACCAUGCUGGAGUCCGCGGGUAGUCAGGAUGUACGAAACGAGGUCUGGACUGGUCUCAAAAGAGGCUGCCACACCGCAGAGACCAUCUUGAUCACUGCCCUUGCUACCACUUUGCAGACACUAUACUUCAGCUUGUACCACUCGUCAGGAUCAUCUGGAAAUCAUGCUGACAGAUCUGGCGCUUCCAAGGGCUGUCCGCACACAACACGAUGCUUAGACAAGAUCAUCGCCAUGUCGGACGACCAUGACUCAAAGAGGGACAACAAUCUCAGGAAGGUGCAACUUGCUGGCAUCCGGGAGUAA